AUGAUCGUCAUCUUUGAGCUCACCACCAAGACUUUGGCACGCGAGCUCAAAAUAGAAUACUCCGUUGAAUACGAUCUAGAGCUAAGGAGUCUAGAAGGGAGCCUUGCGAGACUUAAAAGAUGUCACAAUGAUUAUCAAUGCUCCGACGGGCAUUCGGAGCUGCCGCAUGAGUGGCAUACGGCAAGGUUCAAUGUCUUGAGCGGAAUUGCAUACGAGCUCAUGUGCUGGCUCAACAUGGAGCAAAGACCGGGGGAACUCAAACAAGUUAAGCCACUGGUGCGAUUUCUCAAAAGGCACAGAAAGGGCCCCGAUGAUAGCGCAAAGGAUCAAUAUACCGAGAAGGCCGAAGACGAAAAAGACAACGAGACGCUCGAGUUGAUGCAGGAGGCAAAGAGUAACGGCGGAGACAGCACAAUUUAUGGACUGAUACGAGAUGCUCGCGAGUGGGGAUACAAUCACGGAUUUUUGGCUAUAGAGUCCGAUGCUGCCCACGAAGACUUCAAUAUCAGGGUGACAAACUUAGCAGCAUACACCAUCUCCUUGGAGUUUUUGCAGUUCAAACGAAUAAAAGAUGAAGGUUCUGAAAAGGCCCUCAGCCGCAUGCUAAAUAAGCUUCUGAACGGCGCGUGGUACGCGGCUCCGAACCCGCUCUCUAGCGAGGACAAAGAAGGCACCAAAGUCAUCGAUGAGGAGUCACAGCACAUUCGAGAUCGGACGAUUAGGGAAAUCUUUGGGAGAGUAGGCAAGAUUUUCGCCGCGGUAGGGCAUGACUUGUACGAACCCGAGCGUCAUGACGUCGGCGAGGGCGAGAUAGAGGCUUAA